AUUCCGCAAAAUAUUGAAGAAAUGAUUAUUAUUCGGUGUUGGUUGGAACAACUUUUAAAGUGUGCCUUUGUAUAUGCUUUUUUUAAUAUUAAUGUACUUAAUCCAGAAUUGAUCAAUAUAUUAUUCAAUAACGACAAAUCAAUUCAAUUUAACUUUCAAAAACUUUUUAUUUUUGCUAGUAACAAAACAUUUGAAAGUGUUUUGAAAUUCUCUUUAAAUCAUUUAACAAUUUCUGAAUCUCUUCAUAUCUGUUUGGAUAACGUUGACAUUACGGAACAAGAUACAAAAUUUUUAUACAAUAUUUUAAUAAAUGAAGGCAAUAAAUUCCCAAAAAUUCGUUUAAGAAGUUCUAAGUUAAGACCGCUUUAUGAUAUUAUGAUAGAAUAUAUAACAACAUCGAGAGAUUUUUCAAAAAUGGUGACUGUUAUUGAUAUUAAUCUGUUUGCUCCCCCAAGUUUUAAAUUAAAUGAAAGGGCAGAAAAAAUUGAAAUUAAACAAAUUAAUUAUACAAAAUAUACAAAUUAUCAAAUUGCUAAUAUUCACAAUCCAAAAGUUAGAUUUUCACUCUGCAAUAAAGAACGAGAUGACGGAAUAAUUUUUUGCAUCCAAAUCAGUAAAAUGACAGAAUAG